CAUGUUUAGAAUUCCUGCCCCUUCGAUCAUAAAUUCGAGCCGAAGACAUCGACGGCCGGUAAUCAGGGAGAGUUUGGAUGCUCGACCGUUCAAACCCGAGCUGUAGAGGAUCCGAAACUCUGCGGCAAGAGUUGGAGGCUCCCGUUCCCGUAACCCGCCGCUGAAUAAUGGAAAGCUCGUACACUUCUUCUCGUUCUGCGUGGGCUGGAAAUCACCAACAAUCUUCUUCUAUUGCUGCAAACGAAUGAAGAAUUUUUACCGAUGAUGCCGCUAAAAGAUUGAAAGCUCUUACUCUUCUCGUUUUGCGUAGGCUGGAAAUCACUCAAAUGAGGAAUUUUUACCGACGAUUCCCGUUUGAUUCCCUUUCCUGUGAGAACAUUCCAAUCCCCCGUCAUUUCUUAUCUCAUCACUCUCGAGUCCCCACCCGCUUCAGGUCUGCUACCAAAAUCCCGGCUUCUUCUUCUUCUUCUUCCAAAGAUACCCGCGCCAAAAGCCCCGCUCUUCUCCCCCUCUACCAAGAGAUCACAGAGCUCGUGGCCGAGAAACCCACUGUCGAUGGCGAAGCCAGCUUCAGAAAGCCGGUGGCAGAAAAUGGUAGCUCAAGUGCUUGCCAGAUUGCCCGAGAGAGUGAAAGAUCUCUAAAUGCCAAACAACAAGCGCAAGCCAAGAAUUCAGAGUUCGAAGAUGUUAGCCCGAUCGUUCAGAGGGUUACGGAGAUUGUAAGGUUGGAGAAAUCCGAAAUUCGCAUGGGGCAGCGUUUGGAUGAGUUGGGCCUGUCGUUCAGCUCGGAGAUUGUGGAGAAAGUGCUGAAGAGGUGCUUCAAAGUGGGCCAUUUGGCUCUUCGGUUCUUCAACUGGGUCAAGCUGCAACCCGGGUUCUGCCACACGACACAGACUUAUAAUGUGAUGAUAUAUAUAGCUGGUGAGGCUGAAGAGAUUGAUCUUAUGGAGAAAUUGAUGAAUGAAAUGGAGGAUGAGCUGUGCACCAAGGACAUCAAAACAUGGACUACUCUAAUCUCGUAUUAUGGGAAGGCAAAACAGAUAGGCAAAGCAUUGAGCACCUUUGAGGCAAUGAGGAAAUCAGGUUGUGAACCAGAUGCUGGAGUUUACAAGGCAAUUCUUCGAGCUCUGUUUAAUGUGAGGAAAGCUGAGCUGUCAAUGGAGUUUUACAAGGAAAUGGUUUCUAAAAACAUGUUGGUCGAUGCAAGCCUAUAUCAAUUGCUCAUGAGUUGUUUAGCAAGAUCAGGAGAUGUAACAGCUGUUCGGUUGGUCGGAGAUGAUAUGAUUAAGAUUGCCAAGUUGUCAGAAAGUCAGGUUUAUACUUGUAUCUUAAGGAGUUUUUGUAUUACAGGAAGGAUUGAAGAUGCUCGACACCUGUUUGAAGAGAUCAAGAAGAAAAAUCUGCUUGUUGAUCUGAAAGUCUCUGAAGUUUUGGUGAAGGGUUUGUGUAGAGCAAGCAAAAUGGAUGAUGCUAUUGAGAUCGUCAACAAUAUGAAGCAAAGUUCGGCUAUUGAUUGUAGGGUUUAUGGGUGUCUCCUCGAUGGGUUCAUAAGACAAGGAGAUGUUACAAAGGCUUUACAGCUGUUGCAUGAUAUGAGAGAACUUGGUUGCUUGCCAAUGGUCUCCUCUUAUACACAGAUGAUUCAAUAUCUCUUCAGGUUGGAUGAAUAUGGAAAAGCCUGUGAACUCUAUGAGAAGAUGCUUAAAGAUGGCAUUGAACCAGAUAUUGUAGCAAUCACAGCUAUGGUUGCUGGUCAUGUGAGGCACAACCAAAUUUCUGAAGCAUGGGUUGCUUUUGAGGGCAUGAAGAAGAAAGGAAUGAAGCCCACUUGGAAAGCUUAUGCAGUGUUCAUCAAAGAACUAUGCAAGGCUUCAAAACCCAAUGAGGCUUACAAUCUUCUAAAAGAAAUGUUGGAUUCUGACAUGAAUGCAACUGAUGGAAUAUAUCGUUUGGUUAUAUCUUCUCUAACUAGGAAUGGUGAACUAGAGAAAGCUAGGAAAGUUGAGCAGAUGCAGACAUCCUUGAAACUUCAAAGCCUAGGAAACAAAAUGGUUUGUCAAUCAGCUGAUCAUCCUUCCUGCCACGAAGAGCAUAAGAGAUCAAAUUGCUCAUUCAAUCAGGACAUAAACUAUACUCAGAAAGCAGAGGCAUACAGUGAGACUGAUUUUAAAGAAGUAUGCAGAAUUUUGUCCUCCUCAACCAACUGGAACUCAAUUUAUGAAGUACUGGAGAGAAGCAUGAUUCAUUUUACACCUGUAUUGGUUGAGGCAGUUCUCCGUAGUUACCAUAGUCACAGUGGUGCUGCUUUACGAUUUUUUUCAUGGGUAGGGAAUCAAUCUGGUUAUGAACAUACUGCAGAGACCUACAACAUGGCCAUCAAACUUGCAGGAAGCGCAAAAGAUUUCAAACACAUGAGAUAUCUCUGUCAGGAAAUGAGGAGAAGUGGUUGCUCUGUAACCCCAAAUACAUGGACCAUCAUGAUAGCGCAAUAUGGUCAGGCAGGUCUGACAGAGAUUGCUUUAAGGACUUUCAAAGAUAUGAAGAGUGAUGGCUAUCAGCCGAAUGGCAGUACUUACAAAUAUCUGAUUUUGUUUCUCUGUGGCAAGAAAGGUCGCAAGGUCGAUGAAGCGAUCAAAUUCUUCCAAGAAAUGAUCCAUGUAGGUUACAUGCCAGACAAAGAACUGUUGGGCUUUUAUCUUUCUUCUUUAUGUGAAUCAGGAAAGUUAAUGGAUGCUAAAGGAUCUGUUAAAUCUCUAUGUAAGAGAGGGUUUGCAAAAGAGCUUGGUUACUCAUUGCUCAUUAAAUCUCUUUGCAGAGCAGGGAAAGUGGAAGAAGCUCUUAUACUGACAGAAGAGAUGGACAAAGUUGGGUGCAGCGUAGAUCAGUAUAUCUAUGGAAGUCUUGUUCAUGCCCUACUAAGACAAGGUCGCUUGGAUGAAGCCUUAGAUAAGCUGGAGAGAAUGAAAGAGGCAGGUCUUUCACAAACUGUCCACAUACAUACUUCAUUGAUUGUUCAUUUCUGUAAGGAGAAACAAAUUAGAAAGGCUGUGGAUAUAUUUAAGAAGAUGAGAGAGGAUGGCUACGAGCCAACUGUUGUGACUUAUUCGGCAUUGAUUCGUGGGUAUAUGAAUAUGGGGAUGAUUUCAGAUGCUUGGGAAAUUUUUCACUGGAUGAAACUUAAGGGUCCAUUUCCUGAUUUUGAAACUUACUCAAUGUUCAUGACGUGUCUCUGCAAAGUAGGUAGGUCUGAAGAUGGACUCAAACUUAUCAAUGAAAUGUUGGAAUGUGGGAUUAUCCCUAGUGCUGUAAACUUUCGAACUGUGUUCCAUGGUCUAAAUAGAGAAGGUAAACAAGAGUUAGCUCAUUCUGUUCUUCAAACUAAAUGGCUUUUGAAGAGAGAGAGAAUGUUUAUGUACUAAUUUAUAUUUUUGAACAAAAGAAUAACUAACAUAAUUCUCAAAGAAAAUAAUGUCACUUGUACAUUUCCAAUGCCAAAGUCAUCAUUUAUCAUUGGAUAAAAAUCCAAAAAUCUCUAACACUCUAAGGAGAUUUUGUAAUGCACU